AUGAAAACGUCCAAGUACCAGUCCCCAGACUUUCUUGUUCCUGAACUUCAAAAAGCCAUAGAAAACACCCUACCAACGCUGGACAAAGAUGCGGUCCAAAUUCUAGAUAUUGGAGCUGGUUCAGGCAUGAUCGGAGAAAAGCUGAGAGAAAGAGGUUUUACAAAUCUUGUGGCAAUCGAUCUGUCGCCUAAAAUGCUGGCUUUGGCCGAGAAGAAGAACAUAUACAAGGCUAUGGUGUGUGAUUCGCUUUACAACUGGAGACAGCACUUUGCUAUCGGUCAGUUUGAUGCUGCCGUUAGCUGCAGUGUUUUUACACCUGGGCAACUGAAGCCAAAAGCUUUUGAUGAAAUUAUAUCUUUAAUAAAGCCCGGUAAGUUCUUUCUUCACAAUUGUUAA